AUGAUGCGAUUCUUUGGACGCUAUCACGAAGGUGGUGAGGUCUAUGGCAAUAGUUUCUUCGAGUCGGCUGAGGUCGACAUGUGGUUAGACUGGAGCCUGAUGGAGUUUGCCAAUCCACCGACCAAUUUGGAGAAGGCCCUGGACGCAUUGGAGAAGCAUCUGGACCAACGGGUCUUCUUGGUUGGGCAACGCUUCACUUUGGCGGAUGUUGCAGCCAGCAUCCCCUUGUACUGCUUCCAGCAACAGGGCCUGGUGACAUCCUUGGGCCGCGCGACGAAACGCUGGCUGGGCACCUGCUUGGCGACAGAGGCAGCCUCCAGCUUUGACUUCGUGAAGGUCCCCAAGACAGCAGCACCUGCCCCAGCAGCUGCCCCGGCAGCUGCAGCGCCUGCUGGGAAGGCAGCAAAGGCCCCGGUUCAAGCUGCUGCAGAGCCACCGGCACCCAUUGCACCGACUACCAUGGUUGAUCGCUACAGCAGUUGCGUGGGUGGCCGAACGGAGAUCAAGCGGAUUGUGGUGGCGGAAGACAUGGGAAAGAGCAUGGUGGGACAGACGGUCAGUCUGUGUGGCUGGGUCAAGACGGCCCGAGAGGCGGACAAGGGCAAGCUGUACUUCAUCCAGUUGAACGAUGGAUCCAUACCUUUGGAUAUCCAGGUGGUGAUCGAUUCGAGUGCAAAAGGCUUUGACAGCUUGAAGGGCCAAGUGGGCACUGGAGCUUCCUUGAAGUGUGUGGGAAAGAUUGUGGAGUCUCCUGGAAAAAAUCAAGCAGUGGAGCUGCUUGUGAAGGAACCAGGUACUGAAGUUGUGCUAUUUGGAGGUGUUGAUGCGAAGGAAUAUCCCCUUUCGAAGAAAGGCCAUAGCCAUGAGUUUUUGCGAUCCAUCGCCCAUUUGCGACCCCGCUCGAACUUGAUCGGCAGCGUUGCACGUGUGCGUGCAGCCCUUGCACAAGCAACGCAUGAAUUCUUCAGGUCCAAUGGUUUCCUUUAUGUUCACACACCGCUGAUCACUGCAGCAGACUGUGAAGGUGCUGGCGAGAUGUUCCAGGUCACCACAAUGAUGAUGGAUGCAGAGAAAGAUGGCAAGCCACUACCAAUGGUGGGAGGGAAGUUUGACUACUCCAAAGAUUUCUUCCAAAAGCCGGCCUUCUUGACCGUCAGUGGCCAGCUGUCCGUGGAGAACUACUGCUGCUCCCUCUCCAAGGUCUACACCUUCGGUCCCACCUUCCGAGCUGAGAACAGCCACACCUCCCGGCACCUGGCAGAGUUCUGGAUGAUCGAACCAGAGCUCGCCUUCGCUGACAUUUUCGACGAUAUGACCCUUGCGGAGGACUACCUCAAAUAUUGCGUGAAGUACGCCAUGGUCCACAACCGUGCGGACUUAGAAUUUUUCGAAGACAAGAUCGAAAAGGGGCUCAUCAAGAGAUUGGAAAACCUGCUGGCUGAGCCGUUUGCUCGGCUGACCUACACAGAGGCCAUCAAGAUUUUGCAGGACGAGUCUCCCAAAGCUGGCUUUCAGGUGCCAGUGGAGUGGGGCAUCGAUCUUGGAUCCGAACAUGAAAGAUAUUUGGCCGAGAAGGUUUACAAGAAGCCUGUUAUCCUAUAUAACUACCCGAAGGACAUCAAGGCCUUUUACAUGAGGCUCAAUGAGGACAACAAGACAGUGGCAGCCAUGGAUGUCUUGGCGCCGGCCAUCGGGGAGGUGAUUGGAGGUUCCCAGCGUGAGGAGAGGCUGGACGUCUUAGACCGGAGAAUUACUGAGAUGGGCCUUGAGCCGAAAGAUUAUUGGUGGUACCGAGAUUUGCGCCGCUUCGGCUCAGUGCCACACAGCGGCUUCGGCCUCGGCUUCGAACGACUCAUCAUGUUGACCACUGGUAUCGAGAACAUCCGGGAUGUUAUCCCAUACCCCAGGUAUCCGGGCCAUGCUGACUGCUUUUGGGCUGAUGCAAAUGCCGCUGGAGUUCAGCUUCAAAACCUGGAUGCCCCCGCCGGCCCAGCCGAGCAGCGCUGGAAGAUGGUGGAAGCGAAGGUCCCGGAGUCUGAGCUAGACCUGGCUUGCUGGGUGGCAGUGGUGGCUGCUGUUGCGCUGCGACUGCUAGGAGGAGACACUGUUCUCCUGGCCGUGCCGCACGUGCAGGGUCGACAGGCCGUCUUGGCAGUUCGUGUGCUGCCGGGUUCAGAUGCCACACUGGAAGCGCUGGCGACCUUGAUACGUGGACGGCUAGCUGAGGCAGAAAGUGAGCAUUUGUCCUUUAACUUGGAGAAGACCUUUGCCAGCCUUGGAUCCUUGGACUUUGUGGUUUUGAGUGCUCGACAAAAUGGCACCAGUUGCAGGUCCCAAGAUUUAGAGCUCGUGGAGAUCUCUUAUCGUCGCGUGAGUCAGAACCAGGUUUGGCUCUUUGGGAAUGCCCUCAAGGGGAUCCUGAAUGACAUACAAGGCUGGGUGAGGCUGCUGUUAAUAUCUUCUAAUAAUAAUAUCUUCUUAUAG